CAACGUCUGCCGAAACCUCCAGAAAAUACUCACGACGCACGACGCACGACGACUGAGGUGAAGAGGAAUAGUGGAUGUGAAAAAAACACGGUAAAAUGGUCUACCACAAGCCUAGAAAAUCGUGCCUAGGCUGCCGCCGCCGGCAUCUAAAAUGCGAACUAGAAGAGGGUUCGUCAAGCUGUUCCUGGUGCACAGAACGCGGACUAGAAUGCGUCAAAGAUCCAGAAGCUCGAGACAAACAUUUAUCUUCUCAAACAGCAAAAGACGGAGCAAUAGUCCUCAACGGCUCCACCUCUGCAUACGGCGGCCUCCAGCUCGGAGAAUCCAGCUUUCUCCCGGCUGACGGGCCUAGCGCGAACCGAGUUCUCUGCCUUCGACAAGAACUGGGAUUACAACACAAGCACCCAGCCAGCUGGACCGAAGAGCGAGACCCGGACCACGAGCUCCGCCUGGAUAAACCGGUGUUGGACUACCUGCGGCAACUAUACUUUACACGUGUGCACCCGUACAUCCCCAUCAUCACGCAGACCUACCUCGACGAUCCCGUCACCCGGCCGGGCCAGCUUCUGCUCUCGGCAAUGUACGGCGUGGCGGCCAAGCUUCCCGGGGUGAUCGUAUCGACACGGGACUUCCUGCAUAUAAAGCGGGUGUUCGAGCACCAGCUUAAGAAGCUCACCGCAAACUAUGUCCCAAGCCUGCAAGCGUGUCAGGCGCUCACGCUGAUCCACCUGACGUUGGAGAUGCAGUGCGAGGGGCUGGAAGGCGUAGAAACCUGGCCGCUACGUCUAGCCAGCGCGGUGCGAAUGGCUCUGGAAUUAAAGCUACACGACCAGUCCAAGUACCCUCCCUCACCGCCAUACAUGGCGGAACUCCACCGUAGGCUGUUCUGGGUACUUUUCACGAAGGAUAGGUGGACGAGUACGGGGAAGGGGUACCCGCUCAUGCUCGAUAUAGCGGACAUCCGAACUUCCCUACCUACAGCAAAAGACCUCGACGAUGACAGUAAUGGCUCCGCCAAUAACGAUACCCCAGCUGCGCACGAAUUCUUCCUAGAGCUAGUCCAUCAGGCACUCGUCCUUGGGGCCAUCCACCCAAUCUGCUUCCGCGCGGAUAGAUAUGCACACGUAACAGCCGCGCAAUUCCGCAAAAUCGAGGCCGAGGUUGACGCCCUCGGUUCCCGACUCCACUCCUCCAAACUCUCACCGACAGCCCAAGCCCAUCUGGAACUCAAUUACACCGCCAUCCGCCUCCUCUUCUACGGCCCCUUCUUCAAGCCAUCUUCUGACGCGGAAGCCACGCUCUUCAGCUCCUUCAUACCAGACAUCGCGAGCGCGCGCCUGCACCUCGCGAACGGGGCUGUCCACGCCCUUGGCUUUGCAAGCAAGGAAUUGUUGUACACGGGGCCGAGCAUUUGGAGUAUUCUGUUCUAUGCUAUCGUGAGGUGCUUCCUCGUGGCGCUGAGCAUUAUGCAUGACCCCAUUGGCGGGUACUCACCACAGUUACGAAAUGCCGCCGCGGAGGCGGUGGCCAAGGUUAGUGAUAUUGCAAGGUUCAUGUGCGAGGAGCGGAGGUGGUGCUUUAUGGUGCUCUCUGGGACGCUGAUGUUGUUUACCAAGAGGGUUGCCGAGGAUAAGGAUACUAUUCGGAAGAUUAAGGGGAGUAGGGAAGCUUCGCCCGUGGCUGCUGCGGCGAGGGAGCAAGGGAGGAAAAGGAAGGCUGUGGUCGAGGAGGAGGUUACGAGAGUUAAGAAGCCUGUGAAGGGAGAGGCGGGGUCGAGGGCCAGGGGCGUGAUUCCUGGAGAGGCGAUGACUGGUGUUCAGGCGGCAAUCAUGCCACAGCAGGUAGGCUCAGGUACUGCGCCAGCAGCCGCGGCGGGUGGCAUGGCUGGGAUGGCGAGGAUACAAGUAUCGCCAGGAGAAUUCACGGAAUUUGGCAACUGGGGUUUGGGUAAUGAGUAUAGCGAGGAAAUUGACUGGCGAGAGUGGGAUACGUUGUUUUCCUCCAUCACCAAGUGA